AACAUCUCUCACACUCUGCAAACACAUAAAAAACACAGUCGAGCAGCACAGCCUUCUGAUUCUAUCAGCCGCUUCAGAGCAGAGCGUUUCCAUUGACACAGGAGUCCUGCCAUAGUAACCAAACAGGUGUGGCACCUACGCCAGGUGUGUUUGACUAUCAAAUAGCACAGAGAAGCGGCUCUCGGCGCAUUUACAGAGUCUGUCAGCAGCAGCCGAAGACGACGCUGAGCAGAAGGGAAUCAGACUACAUGAAAGACUCCGCAGCAGCCUGAUGAAACAUGAACUGGGGAUUCCUGGAGAAUGUUUUAAGCGGGGUAAACAAGUACUCGACUGUCAUCGGACGGGUCUGGCUCUCCAUCCUCUUCGUGUUCCGCAUCCUGCUGUACGUCGCCGCCGCCGAGCAGGUGUGGAAGGACGAGUUCAAGGAGUUCGUCUGCAACACGCAGCAGCCGGGUUGCGAGCAGGUUUGCUUCGACCGCUUCUUCCCCAUCUCUCAAGUACGCUUAUGGGCCAUUCAGCUCAUCAUGGUGUCCACCCCGUCACUGCUGGUGGCUCUGCACGUGGCCUACAGGGAGCACCGAGAGAGCAAGUACAAGAGGAAGCUCUACCAGGAUAAAGGCAGCAUCGACGGAGGGCUGUUCUUCACCUACAUCAUGAGUCUCAUUCUCAAGACGGCCUUCGAGGUGGCCACUCUGCUGGCUUUCUACUUCCUGUACAGUGGCUUCCACGUUCCCCGCUUGCUCCGGUGUGAGGAGAGCCCCUGUCCCAACACGGUGGACUGCUACAUCGCAAAAGCCACAGAGAAGAAAGUCUUCCUGUAUAUCAUGGGCUGUACGUCUAUACUGUGCAUAGCACUGAAUGUGGUGGAGAUGGUGUAUAUCAUAUCUAAGCAGUGCUGGAAGUGCUUCAGUAAGAGGUACGUUCCCGUGCACGAAAGAGAGGGUCGGCCUCCGUCCACACUCACUCUCGGUUCACCGCAGCCGCUAGUCAUGUCUAAGGAGGAAGGGCUUCAUUCUGCACCGGCUGAAAGGGAAAACCUCACGCUUGCUGCUGCAUAAACGCUUGGGCUUUUUCACGCAUGAUAGAACAGCAAGGAAUCACAAGUGGAAAUAACAAACUACAGUCACGUAGUUAGCAUGACAAAUAGAUGUAUGAACUUUCAAAAAGGAAGAGAAAACACUUCCCUUAUGUUUUGUUAUAUUAUAUACAGGGCAGAAAAUUGUUCUGUAAUUUGAGUAUCAGCUACAGUUAGACGUCAGCAUGCCCUCAUACUCACAAACCGUCAACAAAACUACAGAUGACAAAUCACAGCCCAGAUGACAUGAAAUACAAGUUCAUUUAAAACGAGGGUAAGUUUGUCAAACACAGUAUGUUUUGUGCUGAGAACAUGAAGCUAUUGAAAGCAAACCUGUCAAUUGUAUUAUUCAGACUGUCAAAUUGAUCCUUUAGCAUACUGUUGGGCGUGUGAAGCUCAAGGUAAUAAUAAUGUUUAUUUUUGUAAGAUAAAUAAUUGCGGCACAGUCUGAUUGUAAAGCCAGAUGACAAUCAAUUGGUUAAAUUGUACAGACCCUCUUUAUUAAGUGUCUUUAACUACUAUGUAGCUACUUUUAAAUCAAUCAUUUGAUAUAAAUUGUAUCAAAUAAAUGAUUUGUUAUAUUAUAAUAAUGCACUUACUAUGUACAUUCUAGUUUUUACAUUGCACUUACAUUUAAAAACAGCUUUCUGUAGUUACAUCUACCAUUACACUACCAUACAUUAUUUUUGAUGCAAGUGCAUAGUAGUUAAAGACACCUAAUAUAAAGUGGCACCAGCUGUACUUAUGAGGACUUUAUUUUCAGUGUUUUUUUUUACAUGUCUAAAAUAAAUAACCUUGUCAGAUAAUCAUGGUGGAUCUGUGU